CAACAACAUUAUGCAUCCCUUCUCCGGCGACGCGUUGGGAAUUGAAUUGUACUCUUAGGCUAGCCGCCUCUCGGGAUACGAGGAAAACAAUCUCUGAGCAAGCUCUACUUGUGGCAAGCCCCGUGGGUUUUCGGCGCUGUCACGCUGGAAGACGAGAUACUGCCGUUGGGGGCUGUCAAUGCCUGAGGCGGCAAGGCAAUCGACACGAUGGGGCUGAAUGACACCCAUCGGUUCCGCCCACCACCUCGCGUUGAUCAAUGUUAUCCUGUCCCAUCGUGCGUUAGGCAACGUGCGAUCAGGAUUGCCUGCAGCCCUCGACUCGAAGGUGUGUGUGCUAGAGAGAACACACCAUCGAGAGUAGCUGGUCUAUCUUGCGGCUGUCUUCGAAACGGACGCAAAGCCCCACUGCAUCCUUCCGGGCCCUUGCCUCAUUCGACUUCCUCCUCCCAGACCGUGACUGUGACUGAAUGGGGUUUGAAAGCACCCUGGAUACGAAAACGGCGUCCUCUCUCUUCCUCUCUCUACGUCUCCGAUCCUUGUGCUCAUAUGCCAUCGCCAACCAUCCCAAUGAUCCUAUCACAACUGGCCCUUUGCACCGUCGUUCCUGGCCGGGUACCAGAGUGCAUGCAGAAUCCUUUCCAGUCCGAGGAAGCAAAUCAAAGUUUACUGUCUGAGAUCGUUCGGUCAUGGGCGCAGGCUUUCUCUGUGCUGAUCGUGCUGUCUUCCUUUGUCACUCAUGCAACGUGUCAAGAUUGCCCUAGCUCCAGAGCAGGCAAGUUUGUGCCGAUCAUCCAGCAGCCGAAAAAACGGGCGCAGCAUCUGCUCCAGGAGUCGCGCAACGGCGCUGCAGCGAUGAUCCAGGCCGAGAACGACGAGCUGUCGAUCUCCGGCAGGAAGACGCCUACGCUAACGACGAAAUCCAAGCCGGCCAAAACACCGUCCGACUCCGGGUACUCGUUAUCGGACUCGCCCAAGCAGCUCUUCAUGUGGCAGUCCCCAAUAGAGAGAGUCCCGUGA